AUGAAGAUCGAGAACAUCAAUCCCAGGUGGUUCAAGUUUUCAGUGUUGUUCUUGUUCAUGUGUUUGUCUCAUGAAUCCCAUGUCUGCUUUGCAGUUGAUACCAUCUCCACUAACCAAUCUCUUUCUGGCAACCAAACCAUUGUCUCAGCUGGCGGAGUCUUCGAGCUUGGUUUCUUCAGAUCGGGAAAUUCCUUCAACUAUUAUAUAGGGACGUGGUACAAGAAGGUCUCCCGGUUCACUCCAGUUUGGAUUGCAAACAGAGAAAAACCAGUCCAUGAUAUAUAUUCUUCGGUUUUGAAAAUCUCUGAUGGUAACUUGGUUCUGUUCAACGAGUCCCGAGUGCCAAUUUGGUCUACAAAUGUAAGCUCCGGCCCAGCCAUCUCGAGUUCAGUAGUAGCAGUGCUUUUGGACGACGGAAAUCUUGUUUUGCGAGACGGACUGAAUUCGAUUUCGUCGACGAUACUGUGGCAAAGUUUUGAUCAUCCAACAGACACCUGGCUGCCGGGAAGUAAGCUUAGAUUCAAUAAACGAACCAAUCAAAGCCAACGUAUUAUUUCAUGGAGAAGUCAUGAUGAUCCUGCACCAGGUCUAUACUCUCUUGAGAUAGAUCCAGUAGAAGCUAAUCAUAUUGUUAUGGUAUGGAACAGGUCCCGACCUUACUGGACCAGUGGAGCUUGGGAUCAACAGACAAUGAGCUUCAGCUUAGUUCCAGAAAUGAGAAUGGCAUCACUGUCGAAUUCGACCUACAACUUCAUCUAUUUUUCAGAAGAGAAUGAAAGCUAUUUCCUUUAUUAUUUUUAUAAUUCUUCUACUACAGCUAAACUUUUCAUGGAUGUGUCGGGACAGCUUCAGCAGAUGUCAUGGUUGGAAGAUAUGGAGCAGUGGAUGGUGCAAUUUUCACAACCAAGACAGCAAUGUGGGGUAUAUGCUUUGUGUGGGGCUUUUGGCAGCUGCAAUGAGAUAGGUCUACCUUUCUGUAGUUGUUUGAGAGGUUUCCAUCCCAAAUCGGAAACCAAUUGGAAUCUGAGCGAUUUUUCCGAUGGGUGUGAGAGGACAACCAGGCUGCAAUGCGAGGAGGAUCCGAACUUUGUUACCGGAAAGACCGAUAAAUUCCUGGAAAGUCCCAAUGUAAAAUUGCCUGAACGUGCACAGGCUAUGAGCGUUGGGAGCAUGUUGGAAUGUGAAUCCGCUUGCCUUGAGUAUUGCAAUUGCACUGCUUAUGCUUAUGAUAGUGAUGGCUGUCGAAUUUGGAUGACAGAACUCUUGGAUCUGCAACAAUAUUCGGGGGAUACUAGCGAUGGCAGAACUAUAUAUAUCCGAUUAGCGGCAUCUGAGUUUCGGAGUUCGAGCAACAAUAAUGGGAUCAUUAUUGGAGCAGUUGCAGGGGGGGUUGGUUUAGUCCUAUGCCUUGUGAUAUUUGCAAUCUUGAGAUGGAGGAGGCGGAGAAUGAUAAAUCCGACAGUUGAAGGUUCGCUUCUAGCUUUUGGAUAUCGGGAUUUACAGAGUGCAACGAAGAAUUUUUCUGAAAAACUUGGGGGAGGAGGUUUCGGUUCCGUUUUCAAAGGAAGGCUGCCGGACUCGAGUAUCAUAGCAGUGAAACAGCUUGAGGGCAUCAGUCAGGGAGAGAAGCAGUUUCGGUCAGAAGUGAGCACGAUCGGGACUGUUCAACAUGUUAAUCUAGUACGGCUUCGUGGAUUCUGCUCCGAAGGUAUGAGGAAGUUGUUGGUCUACGAUUACAUGCCGAAUGGUUCUUUGGAUGCCCAUUUGUUCCUUGAAGAUAAUUCUAAACCCCUAGCUUGGAAAACAAGGUACCAGAUUGCACUCGGCACGGCUAGAGGCUUAACUUAUCUUCACGAGAAAUGCAGAGAUUGUAUUAUUCAUUGCGACAUCAAGCCGGAGAACAUUCUUUUGGAUGCCGAACUCUGUCCCAAAGUCGCAGAUUUCGGCCUGGCAAAGCUCAUCGGUCGGGAGUUCAGCAGGGUCCUGACAACUAUGAGAGGCACAAGAGGCUAUAUUGCACCAGAGUGGAUUUCUGGAGUCGCCAUUACAGCUAAAGCCGAUGUCUACAGCUACGGGAUGAUGCUGUUUGAGAUUGUAUCGGGUAGGAGAAACUCUGAACAGAAUGAAGAAGGAAAGGUUGGAUUCUUUCCAACUUCAGUCGCUCGCGCAAUAACCCAAGACGGUGAUGUCCUUAGCCUAUUAGACCCCGGAUUGAAUGAAGAUGCUCCCGUCGACGAGAUAUCGAGAAUAUGUAAAGUGGCGUGUUGGUGUGUCCAAGAUGAUGAAACUCACAGGCCUUCAAUGGGUCAGGUCGUUCAGAUCCUAGAGGGUGUUUUGGACGUGAACGUGCCUCCGGUUCCAAGGUCCCUACUAGUGCUCGCAAACAACACGGAGCAUAUAAUCUUCUUCACAGAGUCAUCUUCAAGCCCGAGUUCACAAACACCGAGCAACUCUUCAAAUGCGUCUUCUUAAGCUUAGAGCAACACAUCAUCGAUGAGUUCAUGAAUCUCGAACAACUUUGUCUUUGAAAUAAGUUAAGGUAGUUAGGUUUGUUCACGUUAA